AGCUUACCAAACAUAAUGUUAUGUCUCUCUUUUGUUAUCUUAUCUCUUAUUUUGUAUAUUUCUAGCUUCUUGGAGGAAUCUAUUCGAUGGUUGUUCGCUAAUUCUAAAAUAAAGAAAGCUAAAAGAGUUAUGAGAACGGCAGCUAAACAAAACAAAGUUGACUUCGAACGUAUCUGGAGCAUAGCUUUGAAAGAAAAGUCACUACAUGAAGUAUCCGGUCAUGUGAAUGAGAGCUUUUGUGAUAGCCGAGGUAGCGAUCCCAAAGUUCAGACUGAUGAUACAACAGUUAAACACACAGGAGCCAGCGUUGAGAAAGAAGUUACAGAGCCCGAGCCCUCGUUGACAUCAAACGAGAAGGAAGAAUCAAAGUUUGUCCUGAUGAUGGUCAUUUUUAAAUCAACCUACCUAAGGAAAGUUACUCUAGCCAUUUGCUUUUGCUGGUUCUUUGAGAUGACAGCGUUCUCCAGUAUUUACUUCAUGUCCGAAUCUUUGGGAGGAAAUGUGUAUUUCAACUUUCUCAUGAUGAGUGUAGCUGAACUAGUCGCUUCUCUGUUAUAUGUGUUGAUAGUAAAAAGAUUUGGACAUAAAAUAUCGAUGUUCUCCGCAAAAGCCUUCACAACAGUAUUAUUACUAUCAGCAGGUUUCCUGAAAUUAUUUGCAGAGGAUACCCAAAGAAAUGAUAAUAUUUUCGUAGCUUUAUAUAUAGCAUCAAUGUUUGGACUUGGCGGCAGCAUAAGUGGAAAUUAUAUUUAUACACCUGAGCUUUAUCCAACACAAUUACGAGGUAUCGGAUUUGGUAUGUCUGUGAUUCUCUCAAGAACUGGAAGUACCAUAGCCCCGUAUUUCAAGCUAUUAGCUGUACACGUUCCUUGGGCUUCCGGUAUUAUCUUGGGAACUGGAUGUGCAAUUGCUGCCCUACUGGUUUUGUUUGUUCUACCAGAAACGAAGAACCAUAUUUUACCACAGACCGUUGAAGAUCUAAAUAAAAUGAGGGCUGAAGAAAAAGAAAAGAAAAUGAAAAUAAAAACAAUAUCAUAGUGGAAGAAGAAAAAAAAGGUUUCAAUCACGUUUUUACUCAUGAGGAUCUGGAUUUAUUCUUGGGUUAAAGAUUUCUUAUCUAGGUACAGCGCCAGUUAUUUGGAGACGAAUUUUGAAUCAAUCAAAGGAAUCUUAGCAAUAGACUGAUAUUUUGUCUCAUCGUUCUCAGAAAUAGGAAAAACAACAUUGAUCUCGAUAGGUUUUGAACUCAGAACGCAAAGCACUAAAAAGAAAAAAAGUACUGCAUGGGAUCUAUGCCUGAGGCUGUAAAGAAUCUACUAAUCCACCAUCUUUCUUCCGUAAGUAAUCGUUUUAAACUUAAAGACAUAAUUUGAAAAUUGGGGGCAUGAAUUAGCCAAUUAAAUCUAUACCUGUACUUUACUAGUACAUUAUUUUAUCGACUUUGGUAAAGCAAAGUUAACGUAGGUAGUAUUAACUCAAAUCGUAAACACAACAAAUAAAUAGUCCAAUGCAUUUGUUUCAAAUUAUUGCACAAGAGCAAUGGUAUUUAGAAGUUGAUUACAGUGACCUCAGUACUUGGCUGGUACUUGAUUUUAUCGACCCCAAAAGGACGAAAGGCAAAGUUGACCUCGGUGGGAUUUGAAGUCGGGACAUAAAGAGAUAGGACGAGUGCCUAGAGGCACUUUGUCCAACGCACUAACGAUUCUGCCAGCUGGCUACCUUACCUUUAUUCUAUAAAUGUUAAAAAUUUUGGCACAAGGCCAGUACUGGUACUUUAUUAUAUUUAAACUCAGAUUGUAAAGAGCUGGAAGAAAUUUUGCUCAGCAUUUUGUUCGGCGCUGUAAUGAUUUUGCCAUCUCGUCGCUUUAUCCUUCUAUAUAUACAAUGAUUUUAAAUUCUGGUACAAGGCCACCAAUUUCGAAGGGGGUGGGGAGCGGGGAUAUGUCGAGUAUAUUGAUCUCAGUGAUCAACUGGUACUUAUUUCAUCGUUCCCAAAAGGAUGAAGGCAAAGUUGACCUCUGCAGUAUUUGAACUCAGAAUUGCCGCAAAGUAUUUUGUCCGGCACGGUAAUGAUUCUGUCAACUCACCGCUUUUUGUUCUAUAAAUAAUCCUUUCUACUAAAGGCACAAGGCCUGACAUUUUUUUUGGUGGGGGGGAUAUAAGUCGGUUACAUCGACCCCAAUGCGUAAGUGGUACUUAUUUCAUCGACUCCGAAAGGAAGGCAAAGUCGACCUCGGCGGAAUUUGAACUCAGGACGUAAAGACAGACGAAAUACUGCAAAGCAUUUUGUCAGGUGUACUCGUCGCCUUUUAUUCUAAAAAUAAUAAAAACGCCUCUGCGUCUUGUGUUAAUUAAACUUUUAUCUGUGCAAAGCGUUUUAAUACAUCUGUGUUAAUCAUCCAUAAUUAUUUGCAAACUUUCAGUCAGCCCUUGUUUCAUGUUGUUGUUGUUGCUGGCACUCCGUCGUUUACGACGUCGAGGGUUCCAGUUGAUCCGAUCAACGGAACAGCCUGCUCGUGAAAUUAACGUGCAAGUGGCCGAGCACUCCACAGACACGUGUACCCUUAACGUAGUUCUCGGGGAUAUUCAGCGUGACAGUGUAACAAGGCUGACCCUUUGAAUUACAGGCACAACAGAAACAGGAAGUAAGAGUGAGAGAAAGUUGUGGUGAAAGAGUACAGCAGGGUUCGCCACCAUCCCCUGCCGGAGCCUCGUGGAGCUUUAGGUGUUUUCGCUCAAUAAACACUCACAACGCCCGGUCUGGGAAUCGAAACCGCGGUCCUAUGACAGCGAGUCGGCUGCCCUAACCACUGGGCCAUUGCACCUCCGCCCUUGUUUCAUAUCCUGAGUAAUAUAAAACUUUUCUUUCAUAAGUUCGUAGUUACAUUGGUUAUUAAAAAAAUGGGUAUGUUUAUCAUAUAUGAUACACGGGUGCCAGGGAAAUAUGCCCAGUGCAUCACACGAUACAUAGGACAGGCAAAGGGUUAGUGGUAACGAGGGAGGAAACUGGCAAUAUCGAUUGAACAAAAGUCAAUGUACUCUGCAGUAUUAAGUUACGUCAUUAUAUGAUUUAAGUUCAAAUCUCAUCAUGGUUGAUCUUGCCUUUUUAUCAUCCUCUAUUGAAGAAGAUAAAACAAAGUACCAGCCAAGUUAAUAUAAACUAUUAUGCAAUUUCAAAUCCCAUCCACAUUCGUGACCUUGUUCCGUCCAUGCUUGCAACCCUUAUGAUCAAAAUGGUGGGACAUGGAGUUAUCAGAAAUAGUAGAGCAGGAAACUAAAGGCAUAUUUCAUUACACCCGUUUAUGUUUAAGAUCAAAUCUCGCUUUUUAUCUCCCUUGUAUAAACGAAAAGUAGGGUAAUGUACAGAAGUCAUAUUAAUCGACAGUUUGCUCUAUCACACAAAUCUAUUGUCGUCUGUCAAUGAUUAAAAUAAAUACAGUAAUACCUCACUUUAAGAGGACACGCUUUACGUGACUCUGGGUUCAAGAGUUUUAUUUUUCAAACAUAAGUAAACGAACUGCAAAAGUUUCUGCUACCACAACAAACGCUUCUACGUGUUACCGAGAAGUUUAUAAAAUGCUUCUUCUAAGGAAAUAACUCUCUAAGUCCGUCUACGAUUGCUUGUGAAUCAGCGAUUGCAUCUACAAGUGAUGGUGUGCAAGAGUUUAGUGCGUGUGUAAGUGAUUCAGAAAACGAUAAUAAUAAUAAUAAUAAUAAUAAUAAUAAUAAUAAUAAUAAUAAUAAUAACAAUAAUAAUAACAAUAAUAACAUUUUUUAUCAUAAAUGAUCUUAACAUUCAUUGUUCUUAACAUGAAAUAUUCUUUACAUUUUACUAUUGUUUUAUUGCCAUCCAUUUACGAAUAUUAUAAAUUUUAUAGACAAAAUAUUUUUCUGGGACGAAUUAGGAUUUAUAACAUUGCUACUAUGGGAAAUUAUUGCUCUGUUUUACGAGCUUUCGCUUUACGAGCGAUCUCAUGGGAACAUUAACUCGUAUACCAAGGCAUUAGUGUAUGGUUAUCAUUGGUGCUACUAUCCAGAAGAGUUUCCUUUGAAUUAUAACAUUUCCAUCACAUCUUGGUUUAAAUCUUCACAGUAUUUUAAUGUAUUUGUUUUCACAUUAUUGUCACAAAAUAUUAAUGUUAUUCAGAAUAAAUCGAAUUACAACAAA